AUGUCGUUCUUCUCUCGAGUCUUUCGGGGCAAAGACUCCAGCGCCGCCAAAAAGCAGGCCGCACCCGCCGUGACCAGCGAGCCUGGCCCCGCGAAGCCCAAGUGGACCGACGCCUGGCAGCGUACUGAGGUUGCUCCCGAGGAAGUGCAGGACCUCAUCCGGGGUUGUUCGCACGAAUUGAAGGCUCGAGCGCUCGACACUCCCUUCUUACUCCUUCCUUUCCGGCCUAGCUCCGAUCCGAGUGCUGCGCGUACUUUCAUUCGAAACUACUUUACCCAGUCAUUUGAACAAGGGGCUCCUGUGAGCGGCGAUGGGUUGACACAAGGAGUUGCGGCUCAACGAGCCUAUGGUAUGGAAAACAUCGAGAAUGGGUGUGUCUUGAAGUGGUGUUGGAGCCGAUUGCCCGGCGGUGUGGUCACUUGGGAAGCUUAUGAAUUGUUCAAGGUUGGAGAACAAGAUUCAGAUUUGGCGCGCGAUGCUUUCUCGACAUUUAUACCCAUCAGUGUCGACUCGGAUGCUCGCACCAAAAUUAUCUUUGACUUUUUCGAUCUUCUCGCCGCUAUUGCUGCCCAUGGAAAAUCUAACGGUCUCGGUGGGCGCAAACUGUCCCGUUACGCUGGAUGGUGGGCGUUCGAGCACAAUGACACGGGGAAUGGCUUUGAAGCUUCCUACAAAAACUGGGCUGCCGCGGCCGAUGCCACAAGCCAUCUUUUCUUUGCUUAUUUACGUUCACUUACUCCUGAUGUGUCGCGUGGGGUCAGUGGUAUUUCCAGUCUACCAAUCUCCCUCAAGUCUCUCGUCCAGGCCACCGAGUAUCCACCGGAAACCCCGACCCUCCUACAGGUCACAACUACUAAAGUUGUCAUGAUUGUUGAUACGGUCUCUCCUACCCCCUUUGCCCUGCUGCGCCGGGCCAAGAACUUUGAAUACCGCGACGACCACUGGCACCUCCAAGAAUUUGCCAACUACGAAGACCCGAUCAAGGCACUAACCGACGAGUGCGUGCGUGUGUUGAGGUGCAUAUCCUCAACGAAUGAAAAUAGUGUAUCAAGCUCGAAACAAUCGACCAGCUUAGGCGAUGCCUCUUGGUCUCGCUUCGAGGACAUUGGCUUUGGAGGAGCAAUUGAAUCAGAGCCAGAAGAGGAGAAGAUCCCAGUUACACCCAAGCCCGAGUCUAUCCUUAGCCACCCUCGGUCGCAGGGUGGAGAUUUGGGCCGGCCCACAACUCCAUCCUGGGCCGACUUUAUGUCGUCUGGUUUCUCCGAUGAGAAUAGCCUGAAAACCCCAGUUGUCGGACCACUUUUGCUCCCUCCUGACAAGGUCCUGCCUCCUAUUGCUGCUGCCCGAGGCCAGAGCUCUCAAUCCCACAAGCGAUCCUUAGAUGAUGAAUCUGCCCUCGAACCAGCUGAGCUUGCUAGUAUCAACACCCUGGACUUGGAUGAUUCUUUCUGGUGGGUCUGGAUCACCAGUCUGUCUGGUGACGAGCCCUCUGCUCGUAAGGCCGUCUUUGGCCGUUGCGCUCUGUUAGAGACUGUUAUACGAGAUACUAAAUGGCUGGUUCUUGAAGAGCAGGUCAAGGGGGCAGCUCCCGAGCCCGAAGCGGGUGCACAACUUGUUGAGAAGAAGCGCUUCUUCAGCUUUGGUAGCCGCAAGGGAGGAAGCAAGCUUGGCCGCAGCAAGUCUUCAGCCAAAAGGGUGAACAAUAUCGAGGAUUCUUACAAGCGUGCCAAUAACCAGGCCCCACAAAGCAAGACGAGCAUUGGCCCCGAUCAACAUAAACGCAUCCAAGCCGCUGCCGCCGCUCUGCAGAAGAAGCACCGGGAGCAAGAGGAUGAGGCUAAUGCCGCUGCAGCUGGCCCCCGUGACGCAAACUACAACUCCAAGACCAACUCCGUGAUGACUCUUCAACCAGGCAUCGUUAAUGAAGCCUCUUCUGCCAUGAAGUGGGCUAAGGCUUACGACAAGGAUGCUUUCCGUGCCGCGUACCUCAGUGAUAACCGCGCUGGAACUGGCGCACAAGGCGAAGAAAUUGCUGCGCAGAAACCUUCUACCCCUGCCGCUCCUCUUCCACCAAGCACUCACAAUAAGGCAACGCCUGCUCCUCAAAAGGAUGCCGCUGCGACAGCAACCCCUCUUCCACCAUCUCCCGAGCCCCCAAAGAAGGAUUUGAAAGAACCCCUUCCGGUGUCAAAAAUGGAGGACAAGAAGGAGGCGCAGAAGGAAGAGAAGAUAGAGCAAAAGGCCGAGGAGAAGGUCGAAGAGAAGCAAGCGCCCAAGGAGAAGGAGCUCAAAGCAGUUGAGCAAUCCGGCGAAGCUGAGCCCAAGCCUGCGGAAGAGUCAACCAAGAAGCCGCAGAAGAAGAUCCGCACUACAGGCGGCUUGAAGCACAUGUUCACCACGAGCAAGAAGAAGACCGAGGCGCCCCCUAUGAAGAGCACAGGCGCCAGUGAGGCAUCUGUCGCCGCGGCUCGCGCCGCUUUGGAAGCUAAGGCCAAGGCCGCCCAGGAGCCGGCCGCUCAGGAGCCAGCUUCCUCUCCCAAGAGUGCCUUGAAGAAGAAGCCUCUCCCUGAGACGCCCGCCACCCCAGAGGCUCCUGCUUCCGCGAAGCCUACGGAGCCUGCGGCUCCUAAAGAGCUCAAGCAGCCCGCUCAAGAGCAAACGCCAGCUCAGAUCGUGGGAAGCGGGAGUCCCCCUCAAACCAGACACGCUGUUGAGCAGGAUGCUCUCUCCCGCGUCGGCACCAAUGAACGUGAUGCUGCCGACCAGGAAUUUUCCAAAUUCGACCAGGGUCCCUUAGUCGAGCAGCCUGCGUUCGUCCCCGAAGAUGAAACCCCCGUGUCUUCUCUGCCGGCCGUUGAGGAUGAGGUCCCAAAGACCCCAACGAACGGUCAUGCAGAGAAGGCCGAGGCCACGCCCGAGUCCCAGCCCACGCCUGCCUCUGCGGACCGAUGGGCGCAGAUCCGCGAGAACGCCGCUAAGCGUACUGCUGCCGCUCAGGAGGAGCAGCCGAAGGAGGAGGAUGAGCCCCGGGUCAGCCAGUCAGACCGCACCGAGGAUGACGGCGACACCAGCGGCGAGGAGACCAUUGAGUCCCGUGUCGCCCGCAUCAAGGCCCGCGUUGCUGAACUCACCGGUAACAUGGAGGCUGCGCGGUAA